AUGCUGCAAAUAAUAUACUGCUUACAAUCUCUUUUUUUGUAUUAUAUGAUGGCAGCGUUGGUGAAUGGAUUUGUGUGCAAGGACCCAGAGGAAGUUAAAGCUGAUGAUUUCUUCUUCAUGGGACUGGACAAACCAGGCAACACGGAUAACAAGGUAGGGUCCGUUGUGACCCCAGUGAAUGUAGCCCAGAUACCUGGACUCAACACCCUCGGCGUCUCCCUGGCUCGGAUAGAUUUUGCACCCUAUGGUCUCAAUCCACCCCACACACACCCGCGGGCCACAGAGAUCCUAACAGUAUUGGAGGGCACCCUCUACGUCGGAUUCGUCACUUCCAACACUGAAAAUCGCUUCAUAACAAAGACCCUUCAUAAAGGCGAUGUGUUUGUCUUCCCAGUAGGCCUGAUUCACUUCCAGUUUAACAUCGGCGACACUAAUGCCAUAGCCAUUGUAGGAUUUGGCAGCCAGAACCCUGGAACCAUCACCAUUGCAAAUGCUGUGUUUGGAUCAAAUCCGCCCAUCUCAGAUGAUGUUCUUGCCAAGGCGUUCCAAGUUGACAAGAAAAUAGUCGAUUAUCUCCAAUCGCAGUUUGCAAUUAAAAACUAGAGCACGCUCCCUUGC